AUGCCUGUACCCAUAGCUGGGCCCUCUUCGACCCACCACUCGGACCUCGGCACCUCCAAUGGCGGCGCGCUCGACAUCCACCAAAUCAAAUCGACCGCCCAAGCCCACGUCGACUCCCUCCUCACCCGCCGCCCACGGCCCGAACCCUCCGCGCUGGUCAAAUCCGCGCAAUCCCAAAUGACGCUCGCGCGCUCAGCCGACGCGCGCGGCGAUUUGCCCGGCGCGUUGGCUGCGUUCACCAAGGCUGCUGCAUUGCUGCAGGGGGCGGUCAGCGGCGUGUCGGCCGUGGGAGUUGAUGGGAAUGUGAGGAGGAAAGGGGAGGAGGCUGUCAGGGCGUUUAUGGACGGGGAGGAGGGGAGGGAGAUGGAGAGGGCCAAGAAGGAUGUCGAGAGGAGGUUGGGCGCCAUGAUCAGUGCCCAGCAACAACAACGAACUAAGGAGGAAACAGUAUCCACGGCCAGCGGAGGGAGCAUCGCUGAGCGGAAACGGGCGCUUGCCGGAGCAGGCCUGGCCGUCGACAACAAUCUGUCAUCAAACCCGAACCGUCGCACACUGCCCUCAGUCCCGACCUCUCUGCCCGGAAUGAGCCCGCAGUCGCCGACGCACGCUUCUCCCACGUCGCCCACACAGCCCUCCUUCCACUCCUCGUCCCAUCGCACGACGCCGUCGCUGAAUAUGCCUCCGACUUUCGGGAGCGCGAUGAGCACGGCCAGUGCGAGCGCUGGGCUGCCGCCGCCUAUAAGCGCCAGUUCGAGUGCGAAUGGGUUUGUGCCGAAGGAGUCGUUGGCGCCUAGUCCGAAUACGCCCAAUUACGACGAUUAUCGGUCGUUCGAGCGCAGUACGCCUACUGGGGUCGUACCACCAUCUUCGACAUCUACUCUCACGAAUAACUACUCGAGCGGAGGGAUGGACGAGAUGGACGUGGUCAGCACUCCGAGCGAGUUCAAGCACAACUUCCCAUCCCUAUCCGAGUUCGAACAUCGCGAGUUUGCCGACUCGCCUCCUCCGAAUAUUCUCCAGCCAUCACUAUCCUCGUCGUAUAACAACAACGCCUUCUCGCCGCCCUCGACAUCGACCAAUAUAUUCCCGUCGGCGCCCAUAAACAACGCGAACUUCCCGUCGACGUCCGCGUACGCGUCUUCUGGGUCGUUCUCGCCUCCACCACCUCAGAUCGAGCGGAAGGAUACGUUAGUCGAACGCGGACUAUCAAAGUUCCCGGCUAUACCGCCCGACUUCUCGCCCAUACCCCAGCCGCGGCCGGCCAGUACACCCGUAACGCCCUUACAAGACCACUUCGCCUCCCGCCCCGCAUCGCCAACAAAGCGCUCGCCCGUCGUCCCGUCCAAACCAACCACACUCGGCGUCAAAGGCUCCCGCGAAUCCAUCCGCGACCGCGACCCGAGCGGCGGGAGCAGUCCGCUCGCCACCGGCUCGUCGUCCUCGCCGCCGCCUAUACUCCCGAAAGGCGCUGUGGACCCCUCAGAACUGCGGAGGCUCCUUGAAAGAGGGGCGAACGCGCUGCUGUUGGAUAUGAGGCCACGGAGCGCGUUCGAUGGGGCGCGGAUAUCGCACGGGGCGGUCGUGUGCGUUGAUCCGGCGCUGUUGAUGCCGGAGGCGGCGGGGAACAGCGCGAGCGAGGUCGUUCAUGGUUCUGGGGAGGGGUUGAGGGACGGCAGGAGUGUGGAGGAGAUAUGCGACGCCAUUGAGGCGAGUUUGCCGGCGCACGAGCAGACGCUGUGGGCGAAUCGGGACAAGUUCGAGCUUGUUGUGUCUUUGGAUCAGAACUCGACGCUCGCUACGUCCACCUACAACGCGAACCACACGAACGCGUCGCCGGGACAGCAUUGCGUUCCAGCUCAUUUGGCGAGGUUGGCGGAGGUUGUGUGGGAGAGGGCGUUUAGGCGCGCGACACGGCGAGCGCCGGUCGUGUUGAUCGGAGGUGUGGAGGGAUGGGCGAGGGCCGGUGGAGAGGUCACGGGCAAAGAUGUCGACGCAUUACUCUCUCUCGUUGCCGGUUCAGGAUCAAGCCCUGCGAGCACCGGCAGCGGAACGGGCACAGGCAUGGGCGGUGUGACGGCAGGCAUGGCGGGGCUGGGCUUGGACGGCAAGCGGGAUCGGCCCUUGACGCUCGCGGAGAAUCAGGCGCGCAUGCGCAUGAGCGUCGAGGGCGCGAAGUCGGGACCGAGCCCGGCGCCUAAUUACGCUACGCACCCCGGCCACGCGAGCGCGGGUUCGAGCGCUAACGGGUAUCAAGCCCAGGCGCCUUCGACCAACGGGUACCAAGCGCCCGGCAGCACGAAUGGCUACGGUCAUGGAUACCAGUCCCCCUCGGCGUCGGUACUCGCGCCGGCACCGUAUAGCACGUCGUCGGGCUCGUAUGCAAGGGAUCCGUAUGCGUCGGCGCCGCCGAGCGCGUAUACGACGCCGCCGGGGGGAUCGCCGCAGCAUACGGGCGAUAGUUCGGGCGGGGGCGGGCAUGGGGGGCAUAGGCUGGUUAGGAAGGCUACGUAUUCGAAGUUGAGGGGUGAGGUGAAUGGGCAUACGAGGGGGGCGGAUAGUGUUUCUAGCAUCGCAUCACCGCCCAUGUCGCCGACGUUCUCUGCUGGCCCCAUCGCGUACCCCACAUUAUCGAGGCCGGCGCUGGGCAGCCAGAGCAGCUUCAGCGGCGGGAACGGGGCCGCCGUCGAUCCCGCGCCCGUACGCGCGCCCGCGCCGAUCGAUUAUCCGCAUCUCGAUUUGCGCGCACCGCCGCCUGCCGCUGCUACGCGGCCUGGGCACGCUUACUCGCCAUCAUUACCGGCUUUACCUGCGUCUGCAUUACCUUCGCACCCUUCGCAACCGCCGCAGCUCAACGGGCACAUGCUCAAGGGUCCCCCCGAAGCCCCGCUCCUUCCGGCAAUACACAACGUGGUGUACUGGGACAGCAGCGAGAUCGGGAUGAGCGGGCUCAAGAACAUGGGCAAUACGUGCUAUAUGAACGCGACGGUGCAGUGUCUGAGCGCCACGGCGCCCUUUGCUGCGUUCUUCAGGGACGGGUCGUGGAUGAAGGCCGUGAACCAUGUGAAUCCGCUCGGCACGAAGGGGCAGGUCGCGCAUGCGUUUAGUAAGCUGGUGAGGGAGCUGUGGGGGAUGGGGCAGAGUUUCUUGACGCCGACGGAUUUCAGGAGAUCGAUAUGCCAGCUCGCAUCGCAGUUCGCGGGGAGCGAGCAGCAUGACAGUCAAGAGUUCCUCAGUUUCCUGAUGGAUGGCCUACACGAGGAUCUGAACCGCGUUCUGCAUCGGCCUUCGGUUGACCGGACACCAGAGGAAGAGGCAGCGCUGGAGAGGUUGCCGCCGCAGAUCGCGUCGCAUAAGGAGUGGGCGGUCUACAGGAUGCGGAACGAUUCGAUCGUUGUGGAUUGGUUCCAGGGUCAGUUCAGGAAUCGGUUGACGUGCUUGACGUGCUCGACGACGAGUACGACGUACAACGCGUUCAUGUACCUCUCGCUGCCCGUGCCGAACAAGAUGAUGAGCAAGAUCACCUUGUCGCAAUGCCUGGACGCCUUCGUCGCCGAAGAGGUCCUCGAGAAGUCCGACGCAUGGUUCUGCCCCCACUGUAAACAAAAGCGCAAAGCCAAGAAACAGCUCACCCUCUCCCGCCUGCCCCCCGUCCUCCUCAUCCACCUCAAACGCUUCAGCGCCAAAACGCACUUCACAGACAAAGUCGACAAGCUCGUCGACUUUCCCCUGCGCAACCUCGACCUCUCAUCGUACGUGCCCUACGCCACGCCCCAGUCCUCGUUCGCGCCCAACGCGAAUACGGGGCUGCCGCAGGAGGACAGGAGCGACCCGCGCGCGCAGGUCCCGCCGUUUAAGUAUGACCUUUAUGCGGUGACGAAUCAUUUUGGGAGCUUGAGUAGUGGGCAUUAUACGGCGUUUGUGAAGAGUAGGGAUGAGUGGAGGUAUUGCGAUGAUAGUCGGAUUUCGAGGGCGGAGGAGAAGGACGUCGUGGGUAAGCCUGCGUACGUGCUGUACUAUAAGAGGGUGCGCGCAUAG